AUGUCUGCCGCCCAGGUCUCUGGCGACUUCGCCAUCAAGCCCGAGUCGACCCCUCCCGUCCUCAACACCAAGGACUGGCCGCUCCUCCUCAAGAACUACGACAAGCUCCUUGUCCGCAGCUCGCACUUUACGCCCAUCCCGGCCGGCGCCUCGCCCCUCAAGCGCGACCUCAAGAGCUACAUCAAGCUCGGCGUCAUCAACCUCGACAAGCCGUCCAACCCCUCGUCGCACGAGGUCGUCGCCUGGAUCCGCCGCAUCCUCCGCUGCGAGAAGACGGGCCACUCGGGCACGCUCGACCCAAAGGUCACGGGCUGCCUCACCGUCUGCAUCGACCGCGCCACCCGCCUCGUCAAGUCGCAGCAGGGCGCCGGCAAGGAGUACGUCUGCGUCCUGCGCCUCCACGGCGCCCUCCAGUCCGAGAAGCAGCUCGCGCGCGCCAUCGAGACCCUCACGGGCGCCCUCUUCCAGCGCCCGCCCCUCAUCUCGGCCGUCAAGCGCCAGCUGCGCAUCCGCACCAUCUACGACUGCAAGCUCGUCGAGUUCGACAACGACCGCCACCUCGGCGUCUUCUGGGUCUCGUGCGAGGCCGGCACCUACAUCCGCACCCUGUGCGUCCACCUCGGCCUCCUGCUCGGCGUCGGCGGCCACAUGCAGGAGCUGCGCCGCGUCCGCUCGGGCGCCAUGAGCGAGAGCGACGAGAUCGUCACCAUGCACGACGUCCUCGACGCCCAGUGGCUGUACGACAACACGCGCGACGAGUCGUACCUGCGCCGCGUCAUCCGCCCUCUCGAGUCGCUCCUCACGGGCUACAAGCGCAUCGUCGUCAAGGACUCGGCCGUCAACGCCAUCUGCUACGGCGCCAAGCUCAUGAUCCCGGGCCUGCUCCGGUACGACGCCGACAUUGAGCUCAACGAGGAGGUCGUCCUCAUGACGACCAAGGGCGAGGCCAUCGCGGUCGGCAUUGCCCAAAUGUCGACGGUCGAGCUUUCGACGUGCGACCACGGCGUCGUCGCCAAGGUCAAGCGCUGCAUCAUGGACCGCGACUUGUACCCACGCAAAUGGGGGAUGGGCCCAGUCGCCCAGAAAAAGAAGAAGAUGGUGGCUCGUUCUGAGCUCGACAAGCACGGCCGCGCCAACGACAACACGCCGGCGACGUGGAAGCAGGAGUACGUCGACUACUCGGUCCAGGGCGAGGGCGUUCCCGCCACGCAGCAGAUCCCGACCCAGCCGACGCCCGCCGCCGCACCCGCACCCGCACCUGCACCGGCCGCCACCGCCGACGAGCCGCCCAAGGCCGAGGACAAGAAGGACAAGAAGCGCGACCGCGACGGCGAGACCGAGGAGGAGAAGGCGGCGCGCAAGAAGGCCAAGAAGGAGAAGAAGGAGCGCAGGAAGAGCGAGGCCGAGGCCUGA